AUGAAUACACAAUAUUACGCGAGUCACAACGGCCAACAACAUCAAGGUCAAAGCUGGUCGUCGUAUUCUCAACAACAACCAGGAAAUGUGGCUGCAGGCGGCUUCUACAAUGGCGGAUUCGGUCAGAACGGAAGUCCGUCAAACGGGUAUGCAAUUCAACAGUCUAUGGUUCCAACGGGGAUGGGGCAAAUGGUGCCUUCACAACAAGCAGGAUAUAUUCCUCCUUAUUUCUCAGCGCCGCAGCAGUUUCAAUUGGGCUAUUCUGAAAACUUCGAUAACUUCGAUGAAAAUGGGUCCAAUGGAUAUAACUACUCCGAUAGUGGAAACGGCUAUAAUAAUAAUGGAGGGGAAACAAACGGAUGGGGAGGAGCUGGUGCCGAAUACACCGAGAACAACUUGUUUCAUCGUACCAAUAGUGGCAUCAACUUCGAUAAGUACGAAAAUAUUCCGGUAGAAGUCAGUGGCGAUUCUGUCCCGGCAGCUAUCGAAAAUUUCUCCGAUGCUGGUUUCGGACCUGCUGUUAUGGAAAACGUUACUCGUAGUGGCUACACGAAACCGACUCCAGUUCAAAAGCAUUCUAUUCCGACUUUGCUCUUCAACCGUGACCUGAUGUCAUGUGCUCAAACUGGUUCCGGAAAAACGGCUGCUUUCCUCCUUCCAAUUAUUCAGCAUAUUAUGGCUGGAGGACCUGACAUGAUCAAGACAGUAAGUUCUGCAACAAAUAUUUUUGGUUUCAAAGUGAUUUUACAGCCUACAUUCAACAACGGUCGCCGCACUUACUAUCCUUCGGCUUUAGUUUUGUCACCAACUCGCGAAUUGGCUAUUCAAAUUCACAAAGAAGCCGCCAAGUUCAGUUACAAAACCAAUUUGCAGACAGCUAUUCUUUACGGUGGACGCGAGAAUUAUCGCGAUCAGGUCAACCGCCUCCGCAGCGGAGUACAUAUUUUAAUCGCUACACCAGGACGCCUAAUUGAUAUAAUCGAACAAGGAUUCAUUGGUCUUUCUGGAUGUCGUUACCUUGUUUUGGACGAAGCUGACCGCAUGCUUGAUAUGGGAUUCGAGCCGCAAAUCCGAAAGAUUGUUGGUCAAGGAAUGCCACCGAAGACUGCUCGUACUACUGCCAUGUUUAGUGCUACGUUCCCGAAGGAGAUCCAACUUCUUGCCAAAGAUUUCCUCAAAGAAAACUACGUGUUCCUGGCAGUUGGUCGCGUUGGAUCAACAUCUGAGAACAUCGAACAGCGUCUAUUGUGGGUCAACGAGAUGGAGAAACGGCAAAAUCUCAUGGACAUCCUUAUGAACGAAGACGCAACGAACUUGGUUCUCGUCUUUGUGGAAACGAAAAGAGGAGCCAACGAGUUAGCAUAUUUCUUGAAUCGCCAGCAAAUUCGUUCAGUUUCUAUUCACGGAGAUCUGAAGCAGAUCGAACGCGAAAGAAAUCUGGAAAUGUUCCGCUCUGGACAGUUCCCGAUUCUGGUAGCUACUGCUGUUGCUGCUCGUGGAUUGGAUAUCCCAAAUGUUCGCCACGUUGUCAACUACGACCUUCCUGGAGAUUCUGACGAAUACGUCCAUCGUAUUGGAAGAACUGGAAGAUGUGGAAACUUGGGAAUCGCUACUAGCUUUUUCAAUGACAAGAACAGAGGAAUCGGUCGCGACCUGAAGACAUUGAUCAUGGAAGCGAAUCAAGAAGUCCCUGAGUGGCUUCAUCAAGUUGCGGCGGAAGGACGCAUUGGCGGUGGACAGCGCGGUGGAAAUCGUCGUUUCGGAGCUACAGACUAUCGUCGUGGAAACGGAGGCGGAUCGUUCGGAGGAAAUUUCAAUUCAUACAAUUCUGGAGCUGCUUCCGCUGGCUUUGGAGGAGGCAGUGGCUUUGGAGGUUCGUUCGGCGGGCAGCAACGUCGCCCAUUCACCAACGGGGGUUUCGGAGCCCAUAGCUCGCUUUCGUCAACUUCCAACGGUGGGUUCGGAGGACCAAGAAGAGGUGGUUUCAACAACGGAAUGAAUCGGCAAAAUGGAGGAAACUUUUAUUCGAACGGUUCUCAACAAGCUCCAAUUGAUCACUGGCAAGCUCCUCGUGCUUAA